UUUAAUUUUUCGUACUUCUUUAAAAAUGUAAACAGAAACACAAAAUUUCUUCAACUUCGUAGAAGCAUGGCAUCGAUUUUAAGAUGUCAGAAACUUCACAUAAUCAAAAAAGAAAUUUUAAUUCUAACAAAACGUACGUUAAAAGCAAAAUCUCUACAAAUAAUAUCCGAAUAUCUGGAGGAUAGUUCAGCCGUUGUAGAUAAGAUGUCAAAAGUAUCCCGAAAUCUUUACAAAGGUCAGAGUCUAGCGGUUUUCACUAGUGGUGGCGAUGCAUGUGGCAUGAAUGGAGCUGUGCGCGCUUGUGUGCGCAUGGCCAUAUAUUUGGGCUGUCAGCCCUACAUGAUACGUGAGGGCUAUCAAGGCAUGGUGGAGGGUGGUGAUCAAAUUGUUAAAGCAGUCUGGUCAUCGGUAUCCUCCAUUAUACAUGUGGGCGGUACCGUAAUCGGUUCGGCACGCUGCAAGGCAUUCACAGAACGCGAGGGACGUAAGAAGGCAGCUUUUAAUUUGGUGCAAAAAGGGAUUAAUCGCUUAGUUGUAAUUGGUGGUGACGGUUCUCUAACCGGCGCGAAUAUAUUUCGUCAAGAAUGGAGUGGGUUGCUGGACGAUUUAGUAGUCGAGGGCAAAAUCACAAUGCAACAAAGAGAACAAUUCAAAGAUUUACAUAUUGUGGGAGUGGUUGGUUCCAUCGAUAACGAUUUUUGUGGCACCGAUCUAACCAUUGGCUCGAACACCGCUCUGCAUCGCAUUACUGACGCUAUCGAUUCUAUAGUGAGUACAGCUUACUCACAUCAACGCAUUUUUAUAAUGGAAGUUAUGGGACGACGUUGCGGCUACUUAGCAAUCGUUUCCGGUAUAAUAUCUGAAGCCGACUAUGUGUUUUGUCCUGAAUCACCACCGCCAGAAGAUUGGCCCGAUCGUUUGUGUGAAAAAUUACAAAAGGAGCGAAACGCCGGACGACGUCUCAACAUCGUUAUCGUUGCUGAGGGGGCGAACGCUAUAAAUGGCGAUGCCAUUACAUCGGAAAUUGUACAGAAAGUUAUUAAGGAAAAAUUAAAUUGGGAUUGCCGUAUUACCGUUUUGGGUCAUGUGCAGCGCGGUGGAGCGCCUAGCGCCUUCGAUCGUAUCGUCGCUUGUCGCAUGGGCGCCGAAGCAACAGUUGCUGUAUUGGAAUCAACAACAAAUACAACGCCUGCCGUCAUUGUCAUCGUUAACAAUCGCAUUGAGAGAAUACCACUGAUGGGAGCUGUGGAGCGAACGCAAGGAGUGAAUCUUGCCAUGAAGGAUAAGGAUUGGGAGAAAGCCGUUGCGUUGCGUGGUUCAUCAUUUCAAGAGAAUCUGCAAGCGUUAAAGAUGCUGUCGCUGAUUAGACCGCCGAAAGCAACGGAAAGCCCAAGCCAUUGCGCUCCCUUCAAUGUUGGCGUUAUGAAUGUCGGUUCACCAGCAUGUGGCAUCAACGCGGCCACGCGCAGUUUUGUUCGAGCUAUUAUUUAUCAUUGCGAUUUCGUGUUUGGCAUCUCGAAGGGUCUGACGGGCCUAAUGGCGGGUGAGGUGAAACAAUUGAGUUGGAGUGAUGUAAUCGGUUGGUGUGGGGAAGGUGGCGCCUUUCUUGGCAUGAAUCGUGUAACACCCGAAGGUAAAUUUGCUGAAAUCGCUGACCGUUUGCGUGAGUUCAAGAUCCAUGCCUUGGUCGUUAUUGGCGGCUUCGAGGCGUAUCGCACUGUUUUUGCUUUGACAUUGGAGCGCCCUAAUUAUCGAGAAUUCUGCAUUCCUAUGGUCGUUAUACCCUCGACCAUUUCCAAUAACAUGCCAGGCACAGAGUUCUGUGUCGGCUCAGACACCAGCUUAAAUGAAAUUAUGAAAUGUUGUGAUUUGAUACGCAAUUCGGCGCGUGGCUAUAAGAAACGCGUCUUUAUCAUUGAAACAAUGGGCGGUUAUUGUGGCUAUUUAGCAACCAUGUCAGCUAUGGCGAGUGGCGCUGAUUCGGCUUACAUCUACGAGGAGAAAUUUCGUGUGAGUGACAUACAGCGUGACUGUGCCAAUAUGGUCGCUAAGAUGAACGAGGGCAUCGAGAGGGGGCUGGUGUUGCGUUCGGAAGGUGCUAAUAAAAAUUAUACAGCAAGUUUUAUGGAAAGACUUUAUGAGGAGGAAUCUAAUGGAUUGUUCACCUGUCGUACAAAUAUUCUAGGUCACAUGCAACAGGGCGGCUAUCCCACACCAUUUGAUCGUUGUUUGGCAACGAAAAUGGGCAUCGUUUGCGCUCAAUAUAUUCGAGAACAAAUGAAAGCAAGUGUGCAGCCGGAUGGAACGAUAAUGACUACAUCCAAGCAAUCAGCAUGCAUGCUCGGCGUAAUGGGUGCGGAAUAUAAAUUUUCACCAGUAGAAGACCUGGCUAAUGAAACUGAAUUUCAACAUCGCAUACCGAGAUUGCAGUGGUGGAUGCAAAUGCGUCCAUUACUAAAAAUUCUUUCAAUACACAAUUCAGCUUAUGAAUCUGAUAAUUUUUCAAUUGCAGCCACUCCAAUUCAGGAACCGGUUGAUAUAAACUGCACCGUUAAUUGAAACGUU